UGGCCGGAGGAGGCUGGGCAUGUGACGGAAGAAACGCCGACUGGAUGUCUCGUCUUCCGGCUGAGGCGCGGGACGUCCCGCUGUGGGACUUGGCUAUCCCCGCGUGAAGACAACAUGAGUGGAACUGAAACUGCUACCUCUAAUAUCUCUAAGCGUCGUCCAGAGUUGAUAAAGGAGCGGACUCACUGAUCCUGGGAAGUGAUGCUGUAGGAAGCCAUGACACCAUGUCUUUUUGUCUUGAUGUCUCCUCUCCUGUACUGCUGUCUGAGUCCUGCUUCCUCAUCAUGAUGGACAGGCUAUUCCCCUGCUGGACCCGUCCUUGUGUCUACCGCUGGGCCACCACACAGAACUUUACCAUCAGUGAACAGUGUGAUUUGGGUGUACGGUUCUUUGACCUGAGAAUCGCCAAGAAGCCAUCAGGGGACAGAGUUUACUUUGCACAUGGGCUCUACACACUGCAGACUGUUAAGGAGGCACUCUGGGAGCUAGCCUGCUGGUUACAGGCUCAUCCUACCGAGGUCACUCUUGUCUCCUGCUCCCACUUCUAUCAUAUGACCGACAGUGACCACACCCAGCUUGUCAAUUACAUCAUCACCCUGUUCAGAGACAAAGUGUGUCCUCCACAGUACACCCCUACCUUGAGGUCCUGUUGGUCCCGAGGUCAUCAGGUGAUAGUGUCCUAUGAUGAUCAGCAGGUGGCAGUACAACACCCUCAACUUUGGCCACCCAUUCCAUACAGGUAUGCCGAUAGCGCAGACCCUCAGAAGGUCAUCUCAUAUCUGGAAGAACAGAAGACCAAAGGAAGACCAGCUUGGUUCUUUGCCAGCGGUCUGAACCUCACAGAGGAUGGACAGUAUGUGUUCUGCCACCCUCUUCAGUCCAUGAGGAAGAUGACCAUGAAGGCUCUCUCUCAGCUGCUGCAGUGGGUGAGCGAGCAGAGACCUGGCCCCCAGCUGGACGGCCUCAACAUUCUGUGCUGUGACUUCAUAGGCAUCAGUUACUUCUGCUCACUGGUGAUUGGUCUGAACCACAGACCAGUGGCCAAAGCCAGAGAGUAACAUCUGGUGGACUGUUAUAGGUCAAAUAAUUUCUAGUUUAACUCACCAUGCUGUGAAAACUCUUUCUCUCCUCAAGUCAGAAACCUGACUGACACUGACUCAUAACAAUUGGAUCCAUUGAGAAUCUAUUGAUCCCACAUGAAGAAUUCUCUUUUCUGUCAUCCCCAUCCCAGGGAAGUCAAAGGUCAGUGUGGGUGCAGAUGUUUUCCAACUUUUUUUUAAUUUUUAAACAGAUCGGGCAUUUUUUUUCUUUUUUGUGCUUAUUUGAUAGUGGACAGUGAAGCGGAGGACAGGAAACAAGGGGAGAGAGAGAUGGGUAUGACAUGCAACAAAGGUCCUGGGCUGGAAUCGAACCAGGGACACUCUGGUCACGUAGCAUGCGCCAUAACCAUGCAGCCACCGGGGCGCCAUCAUGAUCAAGUUUUUUAUUUCCCCCCAUUUUCUCCCCAAUUGUCCUUGGCCAUUUACCCCACUCUUCCGGUCGCUGCCCCCCCCCCUGCCAAUCCAGGGAGGGCUGCAGACUACCACAUGUCUCCUCUGAUACAUGUGGAGUCACCAGCUGCUUCUUUUCACCUGACAGCGAGGAGUUUCACCAGGGGGGACGUAGCACGUGGGAGGAUCCCGCUAUUCCUCCCAGUUCCCCCUCCCCCCUGAACAGGUGCUCGGUCUGACCAAAGGAGGCGCAAGUGCAGCGACCAGGACACGCACCCACAUCCAGCUUCCCACCCGCAGACACGGCCAAUUGUGUCUGUAGAGAUGCCUGACCAAGCCAGAGGUACCACAGGGAUUCGAUGCAGUGAUCCUCAUGUUGGUAGGCAACGGAAUAGACCGUCACGCCACCCGGACGCCCCUAAGAAACUGUUUUGUUUUUAGUUUUUUACAAACUUAUCGGGUUUAUAGAUUCACAUGGACCACUGAAUGACCUUUUCAGGUCAUCGUCACCAUUAAUCACUGGGAGAAGAUUUAAUCACAUCUCCACAAGACAGAAACUAACCACUCGAUGAUGGAGACAGGACAAUGACUGGAAUUGACCAAGUCAAGCCUCAUUCUCUCUCUCUGUCUCUCUGUCCGUCUCUUUCUCUCUCUCUCUCUAUCGUGUUAUAAUCAUGAAUUACUUUUGAUGUUUAAAGGAAAGAACGGAUUUUAUUGGAGGCUUUCUUGAUCCUCCAGUCUCUCUCUCUCUCUCACUCACACACACACAUGAAACCCCCUCCUUGUGCAAAAUGCUGGUAUCUAAGGUCAUAACUUGUUAGCAUUCCUGGGAAGACAAUCAGUUUGACUUACGGUUGUUCUGUACAUGUCUGAAUAAAUGUGAAUUGACUGCUUAACCAUCAAGUAAUUUACUUAAUAUUACUCAGAAAAUGUUUUCAUGAAUGAAUUAUAUUUUAAAAGCCAUGUCAGUGCGAUGUAAAAUGACUUAGUUAUUAAAAUUCAGAUUU